AUGGCUGCUGCAGCAGCAGUUGCAGCUAGUGGUGCAGCAGGUGUUGGCAACUCAGCUCCAUCAUCAGUUGCUGCAAUGCUUGGAAAUUUAAUUGGUUGUAAUGAAAAAGAUAUUAUGCAUGCUGUUCAAUCGUCAUCGACGUUAUCAUCGGCGUCGGCGUCGGCGUCAUCAGCAGCGGCCUCAUCUUCGUAUGCCGGAGCAUCGUUAUUAUCCAACUCAUCUAGACAUAAUAACUGUUCUGUUAGCAAUAAAUGUGAUUCUGAUGCUACUACAGUUAUCAACCGUUGCCCACAGCAGCAGCAACAGCAACAACAACAGGUUUCUAAAGUUGAUGAGAAAAGUUCCAACGAUGAUCAACAAAACGAACAUGGCGGUAGUGGUAAUGGUGGUGGUGGUGUAGGCGUUAGUAAUAAUAAUAAUAAUAAUAAUUCGAUGGAUCAACAGAAUGUUCAAUCGAAUACUGUCAACAUUUCUUCAUCGUCAUCUGAUCGUUGUAAGUGUUCAAAUACCUUAUUGGAUAAUAAUAAUCCACAUUCUCUUCAAGAUACAAUUACCUCAGAUUCAAGCAAUUGGUCCAGGUAA